UGAGACUUUAAAAUAAUUAGGUCAGGAUGAUAUAUUGAAGUUGAAAAGCAAUUAAGAAAGUUGGAGAUCUUAGAGGUUUUUAAUAGAAAGGAACAAGUAUCAAACAAAGAAUUGACUGUUAAAUUGAUUUAAUUUAGAUCUACUUGAAGAGUAAAUGAAAAGGAGAUCUGUUGCAUUUUCUGAUCAAUGGUCCGGCCUUAUAGCAAUUAACAUUAUUGUAAUAAGCUGACUAUCCAAGAUGAUAAACCUAGGGAUAUUAGAGCAUCUGUUAAUGAACUUGUCAAAGGGAUUAGCAGUGUUUAAAAGGGUUCUUACUGUUAAAAUUGAGU